AUGGAUACUAUUCAACAGCAGUUGACGCCUCCGCCCGAGAAGAGCAGCCCAACUGAGAAGGCGUUGCAACAUCACCCUGCAAUCUCCCAGCCAGCGGUUCCAAGCAGCUACUCGUACACCCAACCACCUAUGAUAUCAGCAUGUUCCCGCUUUGACCAACUUCCGCUGGAACUGCUAACGAUCAUUGCUCAUGAUGUCGACAUCUAUGACCACGUUGCGACGAAAUCGUUGCGGUGUGUUUCCAGGAGAUCUGCCGACGUUUGCACUGGCCUGGUGUUUCGAAGCGCGACGCUGCUGUUGAGGCUCAAGAGCAUCAGCAACCUCAGAAGCCUACUUGAUAACCCGGGUCUUUGUUCCGUCGUGACGCAAUUGACAAUUGACACUGCGGAGUAUACGGAUACGUGUAUGGACACUUACGACUGGGAGUACCGUGACGAAGAGCUAUUGCAAUCCUUUUUGGCUGUCUUGAGGAAACUCGGACGAUUUCGUAACUUACGGUCUGUGACACUGAAAUGUAGCAGCGAGUGCGUCGGUCCUCAACAACGGCGCCACUGGUGGGCUCGAAAUGUUCCGGAGAGUAUCAAGUUUCGAACAGAUGUGCUGCAGAGCCUCUUUGCCGGAUUGAAUGCUGGACAUGCAACGCCGAGCCAUCUUUGCAUCGAGAAUCUCCAAGGCUGUGGCAACGACAUCGUGGUUCGCUCACGAGACUUUAGAGAAGUCAUGUCUCACGUGCAGAAACUGGAGCUGCAAAUCACCACGGAAGAUGUCGAUGGUGAUGGCUCUCUGCCAGCAAAUCUUGGUAAGAAAGAACUACACUCGUUCUUUGGAAAACAGCUCGUAUCAAGCUGGCUUGAACCGGUGCGUCACAACUUGACACACCUCAAGCUCUAUGCAAGAGAUCUAUACUUUGGAUACCUGCCCAGGUGUCAGCUACCCCACUUUCCGGCUUUGAGAUCUUUGAUCAUUGGAGGUAUGAGCUUCAGUCACGACGAACAGCUACGGUGGAUCUCGACACACGGCAAUACUCUCGAAGAGCUCGUCCUCGACAACUGUCCCAUUGUUAUUGGCGUACGGAUACCGUCGACACUGGACUCGGACAACUUCCCAAUAGAACCGUUGUUCAAUUCGAGCACCACUGGAUCAAUUCUCGCACCCUCAAGCUUCUUGUAUCCGGCACGCUGGCACGAUUACUUCUCUCACUUUGCUGUCGAGCUCAAAAAGCUACGGUCAAUCCGCUGCGGCUUUGGCGACUGGUACGACAAUGUCGCUUUCCCAAAGUCAAGAGAGCUUGGUGUUGGUCUCUGGGCGCAAAGGUACCGUAUACUGGAUGAUGGCGAGUGGAGGAGACCACCUUUUGAAGACGGCUCCUAUGACGGCAAAUGGUCCAGCCCACCAACAUAUCCAGACUGCACAGACGAGGACUGGAUUGCUUUGUGUGAAGUGAGGACUGCGAUUGAUUCGAGAGUUUGUACUUGA